CACACCCAAAUGCUUGUUAAAGCAGUUAUCCACGGUUUUGGCGGGAUUAAAAAGACGCAAAUCGCCAUUGAAACCGCCUAUCGUAUGCGCGACGCACACCCCGACUGCUCCAUCUUUUGGGUCCCGGUUGUGGAUAUAACGAUGUUUGAAAACGUUUACCGGGGGAUCGGCCGAGUUUUGGAAAUACGAGGGAUAGAGGACGACGACGCCGGCGUCAAAGCGCUUAUAAAAGCUGCUCUCAGUUUCGACAAUGCAGGGCCGUGGCUUUUUAUCAUUGACAACGCCGACGAUCGACAACUUUUAACGGACGGCCAACUAAUGGUCCACCUGCCUUUUAACCGCAAAAGCUCUAUCCUGUUUACGACCCGGAAUAACCAAGACGCGGAAUCCGUUAAGCUGUUGCACCAGAACCUCCAACCAAGCCAAAUAGGCGAAAGCAAAUGGAUAAACAAACUGCUAAAACACCUCGUCCAUUUACCGCUUGCGAUUAGACAGGUUUCGGCCUUUAUGGCGCGGAACAGAUUUGUAAUGGUGGCUAAAACGUACUACCGUUACGGAAACACGGCCAACGCGGUAGCUACAAUUUGGCUUAUAUUUUUCGAGCAAAUUGUGCGCGACGCACCGCUCGCAGCAUCCUACCUCCAAACUAUCGCAUAUUACGCAGAAGAGGACAUCCCGGUAUUAAUGCUUCACAAUGCUGAAAAGCUUGAUUUGAGAAAAGAUGAUUUGCGAAAAUACAAAGCCCUUAGCAUUCUGAAGGGUACGCGUUUAUAUUAA